AUGAGCGCCCAGAUGCAGCCGAAUUAUUCCGCCCAGAUGGAGGCUGCCCUCCAGCGCCUGGUGAACCUCCACCUGCAGGCCUCCCACACCUACCUCUCUCUUCGCUUCUUUGAAGGAGGCAGCAAUGUAGCUCUGAAGGGCAUGGGCCGCUUCUUUCAAGAGUUGGCUGAGGAGAAGCGUGAGGGCGCCCUCCGUCUCUUGAAGUUGCAAAACCAGUGGAGCGUCGGCCCCUUCCUUCAUGAUUGGCAAAAGCUGUCCGAAGAUGAGUGGCGUGGCAGCGUGGAUGCCAUGGAAGACGCCACGGCCUUGGAAAAGAAUCUGAACCAGGCCCUUCUGGAUCUGCAUGCCCUGAGUUCCAACAACAGAGAUCCAGGUCUCUGUAACCUCCUCAAGAGCCACUUCCUAGAGGCAGAGAUGAAAGUCAUCAAGGAGAUGGGCGACCACCUCACCAACCUCCGCAGGCUGGCCGCCCCCCAGGCCGGGUUGGGUGAGUAUCUCUUCAGAAAGCUCACCCUAAAGCACGACUAG